AAGGGUCAUCUCGGGGAGAGGGGGAGCUUGGGAGUUGGAUGGAAGCGGAGUGGGAGUGGGUUCGGGGGUCGGCACUGAUGGGCGAGAGGACCCGCGCCCAGGUGCCGCGAUGCAGAGAGGACGCGUCCAGGGGAGGAGGCAUCUGACCCUCAAACCCGGUGCGGGCCAGGCGGAGCGCCACUUACUUUCUGUGAGAAAAGCACACUCGCGCCAGUCCUGGCCGCGGACUCCUCCCCCGGGGCCUCCGCUAUCUGGGUCAGGUCGCGGCGGGCCUGGCGCCGGACCUUGAGACCCGAGGCCUCUCGGAGUGCUGGACACCCGCAGCUGCCCGCCUGCUCGCAAGGCCGGGUUCCGGGUUUCCUAGGCCGAGAGGCCGGCGCGGCGAACUCAGGAACAAAGGUCAAGAAAUGCAUCAUUCCACAAACAAAGAACUGAUACUUGCCAUCAUGGUGGGAACUGCUGGUAUCAGCUUGCUGGUUUUGUGGUAUCAAAAGGUUCGUAAACCAAGGACAGCAAUGAAUUUGCGAACAUUUUUUUCUCUGGGUAAUACGUUUGAUUCAACAACUUUGCAGGAUAAAACACAUAAUGGCCAAGGAACAGCCGCAAUCUUUCAGAGAAGGCAGCUUCAGAUACUGGACAAGUUAAAUGAAUUGCUGGCAAAUAUGGAAGAACUCAAAGAGGAAAUCAGAUUUCUUAAAGAAACUAUUCCAAAGCUAGAGGAAUAUAUACAAGAUGAACUUGGAGGGAAGAUAACAGUUCAUAGGAUAAGUCCUCAGCACAGAGCUAGAAAAAGAAGGGCGACUGCAGUUCAAAACUCAGCAACAAGUAAUAGUUCAGAGGAAGCAGAAAGUGAAGGAGGGUACAUCACAGCUAAUACUGACACAGAAGAACAGAGUUUUUCAGUGCCUAAGCCAUUUAACACAGAGAUAGAGGACUUAAAGUUAGAUAUCCUUCUUCAGAAGGCAGAUCAUUUACGCAUGACUCAGUCUGGCAAGAUGGAGAGUUUUGAGCUACUGUGUGAGCACAAAGAAAAGUUUAAGGAUGAAAUAGAAUUUGUGUGGCGGUUUGCUCGAGCUUACGGAGACAUGUUUGAGCUGUCCACAAAUACAUGGGAGAAGAAACAUUAUGCUAAUAUUGGAAAAACAUUAGGUGAAAAAGCUAUUACUAGAGCACCUCUGAAUGGCCACUGUCAUAUGUGGUAUGCAGUUUUGUGUGGCUGUGUAUCUCAAUUUGAGGGCUUACAAAACAAAAUCAACUAUGGACAUCACUUCAAGGAACAUCUAGAUAUAGCAAUCCAACUUUUACCUGAAGAACCCUUUUUGUAUUACCUCAAUGGAAGAUAUUGUUAUACUGUCUCAAAGCUCAGCUGGAUUGAGAAAAAAAUGGCUACUACUCUAUUUGGAAAAAUACCAUCUUCAACGGUACAAGAAGCCUUGCGUAACUUCCUUAAGGUUGAAGAAAUACAUCCUGGUUAUUCUCUACUCAAUUACAUGUACUUGGCCAAGUGUUAUGUAGAUCUUGAGGAAAAUCAGAAUGCUUGGAAGUUCUGUAAUUUGGCAUUAUCACUUCCCACUGUUACCAAAGAGGAUAAAGAGGCACAGACAGAGGUGAAAGCAAUAAUCAAGUCCUUGAAGAGGGCCUACUCCAAGUUCAAGUCUUACUGGGAUCUACUCACAGCUGGAAGGGAGAUGGAAUGGACACUGGAAAUGCAGAGGCUGGGAGAAGCUGGACCAUCUGUUGCAGUCAGGCCGUCCAGGCCCAACCCAAGGUCCUGGGAAGCAGAGUCGCACCUUGGAGCCUCCAUUUCAUUUGCUUCAUACUGACAGGAAGAGAUGCAUCUUGGGGAACCUGAUCAAAGACACAAGCACCACAGCAGUGAGGGCUUUACUGGAUGUUCAACACACAUCAAAGCUCUGUUCUUCUGUGCUGACAUUUGCAGGUCUUUAGUGGGUCUGAAACAUACAGAGAAAAACCUUAGGUGUCUGCUGGGGAGAAACAGCCCCAGAGCUGUGCUGUACUGAGAUGCCAAAUGCAGUGUUUUCUCAGCUGAGAUCUAAUAGGAUAAUAACCAGGGCAAAAAUCUACUCUCCUGACUCUGGCACAAGGAUGCCCAAGGCUCCCUUAGGUAUCCUGGUGGCUUUAGUGUCUAUUUUCCGGGAAAAAGUAGGGAUGAAGAGCAAAGUAAAUGGGAAGAGCUGCCGCUCUAUCGCUGGAGUCCAUCUGUUUCCUAGAAAUCUAGGCUUCUGGGGAAAGGCAGCAUGAUAUAAAAGACAAAAAGUUCCUGGAUUCAAAACCUGAUUCAAAUCCAGACCUGGCACUUGCUACCUAUAUGAACUUGGGUAAGUGACCUAAGUUCUCUGAACCUUAGUUUUUUCCAUCUGAAAAAUGGAGUUAAAAAUUCCUGCCAUGAGAGGUUUUGUUAAAAGAUUUUUAAAGUGUACAUAAAACAGUUGGCACAUUGAAAUGGAGAAUAUUUUCUCACCUUCCCUCUCUGAGGAACACUCUCCUGGCUUCUUAUACUCUCCCCAGACUUUUCCACAUUGCUUUGCACAGCUUUACCUCCUGCUGUUCAGCUGAAGCUGCCCACAUGCAAGAACCUGGCAAACGCAUUUGACUAUUCCCCUAGAUUUUGCAUACUCAGUAAGUGUCUACAGAAACACAAUCAGCAAUGGCUCACUGCCCAGAGUCCCAGAGUGUGUGGCACCACCAAAACACUGUGAUUCCCAGGAGAGGAGCUGUCAGUCAAUUCUCAUACACUGAGUUCCCCGAUUGAGCACACUGCACACACCCUGUGCACAGUCUGUGCAUGCUGACUUUCUUGACUUGAUAAGGCCUCUGAAUAUGGCCCUGAAUUCACAUUUUUAACGUGAUAACAGUCUCAGCUUCUCACUAGCUUUUGAGAGCUUGAAAGAAACUCAAGGAUGGAAGCACCCAAACUGUUGAAGAGAGAAUGGAAAAAGCUUUGCAUACUUGGGCUCUUUUUGUUUUUUGGUACCGGAAAUUGAACUUGGAUCCUUGCGCUUGCAAGGCAGGUGGUGGAACCACUGAGCUAAAUCCCCAGCCCCCAAAUUUGGCUCUUUUAAUCUUUCCCACAGAUACAUUUUACAGAUGAUGGCCCCAAGCUCCCUGAGGUUAAGUGACUCACACAGGGUGUCAGAGGUACUGACUGCUAGAGCGAGAGGCAUGUGCAGAUAGUUCAGAAUGAUGUGUGAGAGAAUGAGACCCUGAGAGAAAGUGCAGUGCCUUCCCGGGUUUGGUAAAUAUGGAAAAGCCUGUGGAGCCUGGCAUUUGUUCACUAUACUUGCAUCCCUGUCCCCAAGGAAUCUUACCAUCCCUCUUCCCCUUUCUUUUCCCUAUCUUCCUUAUUUCUCCUUCCCUUUCUUUCUUCCAUUCCUCCUCCAUCUAUACCAUAAAAAGGCAGAGGCCUGAUUGCUCCUUUUCAGCCAACUUAUUAUCUCAAGCCCAAAGGCAGGACUUGGGGAAUUUCCACAGAGGGUCUCUGUCUUGGGUGAGGGAGCUCUUACAGAAGCCAGAUGCAGUGUCCCCCGGGUUCAAGGGAGGAUCCAGUCCAGGGUUGGACCAAUAAUUGUGACUUUCGGGUUUUCCCAACAAUCAAAUAAGCUAAGUUCUGUGUUAUUAGUUCAAUUAUCUUGAUACAUGCAGCAAAGAGCCAAGGAGAAACCUGAUAACCAUGUUGAGUAAGCUAUUUUCUGGGAAAUUCUGAAAUGUCUCCUGCAUGGUUCAAGGUUGGUUACUGCUGUCUGCAUCCAGACCUGCAGCUGGCUGCUCCUUCAGCCAAUGCUUCAGCAUUUGGAGGUGUGGUUUGUAUUCUUUUAUCCUCCUGACUAUACUAUAGCCAAAUGAAAAUCACACAUCUUCAGUCUUUGCAUUUACAGCACCUAGAGUAAACCUGCCAUGUGGCAGAUGCCUAGUGAAAGGCUUACGGAAUCAGAAUGGAAGGAGAGUUGAGUCUUCUCACCAGCCCCCAUGGUUGGGACUAACAGGUGUACUGUGGGUAGGUAGGGGCAGAGACACCUUGUGCUUGCCAGACCUGACCCUAAAGUCCACCGCUCACUUCUCAGUGUCUCCCACACCAGCACUACCCUAAGAGUUUCUGCCCUUUGCUACUAGGAAGUCAGGAGUGCCCCCUUGAGUUGUACCCCUGCAGCCAAACAGGGUGCAGAGUUACCUUGGGUACAGCUCUGGGAUUAACAAAUGAUAGUGUAAUUAAUGAGAGGAAUAUUUAAAAGCCAAAUACUAUUAAACGUGUCAUAUAUAUGGCCAUAUAUAUUAUUUAUUUAAUUUUAAUCUUUAUGAUUGUCUUGCAAAGGCAAUUCUUCUAUUAGGAUUGUCCUCUAAGAUUUUAGUGGUUUGAGUUGUUUGAGCAUGUCUUUAUUUUACAAAUAAGAAAACUAUGGCUCAGAGGCUAAGUAACUUGCUUGAGGUCACAACUACUGAAUCCAACUAGUGAAUCACAGAAGCAGGACUCUAUUCAGACCUGGCUGCUUCCAGAGUCCACAGAUUGGCCACCAGUGGGAGCCGAUAUGCAGUUUGAAGGUUUUUCAGGCCCAAAGAAAGAUAUUUUAUUUCUUCUCCAGAAGUCCCUGACUUUCUUUACUUAAGCAGCACAGUCCCUGCUAUCUAUACCCUCUGCUCCUCUGAGAAAGCAUGAGCACUUCUGAUAUAUCAUAUCUGCUUGAUGAAGCUCUCACGCUUACCUGGAUUUUGUCAUGUGUCUGCUUUUUCACUCUGUCAUUAAUCAGAAGGAUCUGCCUUCAAGUACAAAGAAAUGCAGUUUGAAGGCAGGAAAAAAGAUCCCUCUCACUGCCCUGCCAGGAGGUCCUCCAGUGUCUGAGGCUGAAGCAUAGGUUCCCUGCAGUGAGUGCAGGACAGCACUGGGUAGGGAAGAACAGCAGGGAAGAGUGUGGGACUGGUUUGUGCCUCUGUGGACAUAAUCCCUACAGUUUCCCCAUCUGCCGUAAGAUGUACGGGAUUGGACCUCACUCUGAGGAUUAAGUGAGAUGACAAACUCAAUGCAAAAGUGCCCGGCAGGUCACAAGUGCACACUGUCCCCCCAUACCCACCUUCCCCUCCCACUACAGCAUCUCCUCCUUGACUUUUUCCUUUUUUUCUAGAAAUUUUAUACUUUUGAGUUUCAUUUUGGUCCACAAUACAUUUUGAAUUGUUAACAAUACAUUAACUAGGAUAUUAAUUGUAGUUCUUUUGUAGCUCUUCUUCAUCAAGUUGAGAAAAAUUGUCUUUUAUUCCCAAUUUGCUGAGGGUUUUUUUAAAAAUUAUGAAUCAUUGUUGAAUUUUGUCAAGUCCUUUUUUCUGCAUUGAUUUGAUCAUAUGAUUUUUUUUCUUUGAUAUACUGUUGUGGUGGAUUACACUAAUUGACUUUCAAAUGUGGAGACAGCCUUGCAUAUCUUGACUAAACCCCACUUUGUUGUGAUAUAUAAUUGUUUUUCUACAUUGUUCAAUUUGAUCUUUCCAUGUUUUGGUAAGGAUUAUUUUAACUCUAUUUGUAGGAGGUACUGGUUUGUAAUUUUCCUUUCUUGUGCUCUUUUCUUUUGGUAUUAGGAUAAUGCUGACCUCAUAAAAUGAGUUAAGAAGGGUUUCUUCUUUCUUCCGAAAGAGACUGUACAAAGUAACUUUACUUUCUUGCUUGGAUGUUCAGUAAAAUUUAUCAAACCAUCCAGGCUUGAUACUUUCUGUUUUGAAAGAUUAUUGGCUAUUCCAUUUCUUUGAUAAGUGUAGCCCUUCUUAGAUUAUCAUUUCUUUUUGUAUGGGUUUUUGUAGUUUCUGUUUUUUAAAGACUUAGUCCAUUUCAUGCAAGUUACCAAAUUUGUAGGCAUAGAGUCAGUCGUUCCUAUCUUUACAGUCCUUGAAGUGUACAGAGAUGCCUUUCCUGAACUUUAAUACCCGUAAUGUGUAUCUUCUAUGUUUCUUUGCUGGAGAUUUAUCAGUUUUAUUUCCAUGUUCAAAAAACGAGCUUAUGGUUUCAUUCAUAUUCUCUAUUAUUUUCAUUUUUACUACUUUAUUGAUUUCUGCUCUAAAUGUUAUUGCUUUCUUUUGUUUGCUCUCAUUAGGCUUUUAUUGAUUGCUGCAAUAUUGUAAGGUGGAGACUUAUAUUACUAAUUUUAGAUCUUUAUUCUUUUCAAAUGUAUAUGUCAAUGUUAUAAAUUUUCCUCUAAUAAAUGCUUUUACUAUGCCCUACAAA